AUGACAAAAAUACCUUUACAACUAUUAGCACACUUGAUUAGAAGACAAUGUGUCUCAACGGACAACAAUGUUCUUCUUUUCAACAUCGAAGGUAACAUUGUGGAGUUUGGACUGCGAGAUUUUUGUUUGAUUACAGGAUUAAAAUGUGGUGAAUAUCCUAUAGAAGAUGUUUUAGAUGCAACGGAAGAAAAUGAGUCUAUGGUUAAACAAUUGUUUUUUAGAAAUAACACUUCCAUUAGUAGACAAGAAUUGAAGACUGCUUUUAACUAUCACUGUAAAUCCUGCACCGAUGAAGAAGAGCUAGUAAAAUUAGCCAACCUUUACUUCUUGUACAAUGUUUUAAUUCCUAGACAAAAUCACAAUAUGUUGGAUUUAAAACAUGUAAAAAUGUUGGAUGAUAAAGAGAAGUUUAGGAAUUAUCCUUGGGGAAGGUUGUGCUUUAGUCUUACAAAGCAAUUCAUUCAAAAUGUGGUGAAAUCCAAAAGAAAGUCUAAGAACUUAGAAACAGAAUCUAAAGCGUAUGCCUUUCUACAAGGCUUCCCUAUGGUUCUAGCUUACUGGGCAUACGAAAUACUUCCUCAACUUGCUAGCGGUGAACAACUCGAUUGGCAAGAUCUUGAAGAUAACAUAUUUCUGGAAAAAAUUCUAUCUGUGGUCCCCAUUGUUGCAUCAGAAGAAGAAAUGAAAUCUGAGUACUUCAAAUAUUUUUUGGAAUUAGAAAAUGAUAGAUUGGAUGAAGAAGCAUGUGCUAUGAAGGAAAGCAAUAUGAUUGAAGAUAACGAGGAAACCGAGGAAGAUGAUAAUCAUCGUGAAAAUAAGUCAAAAAUGGUGCAUGACACAUCAAACAAAGUGAAGGUUGUUCAAGAAAAGACAAAAGUGAAAAUUAUGGAAAUAGCGACGAAUAUUGAAAAAACUAGGCCGAAGAGACAACCUAAACCAUCAAAGAAAGUGUUGGAGAAUGUGAAAGAACAAAAGAAUGCAAGAGGCAAGAAGAAUGAUUCUCCAAAACCAACAAGACAUUCUCCUAGAAUAAAGGAUCUAGCACCUAGUUUUGAUUUGCAAAUCUCUCAAUUAUAA